UCAACCCCCAAGGUUAAAAAAAAAGAGAGACCCUGUUUCUCUUUCUUCAUCUUCAAUCUUUGUUUCUGUGAAACUGUGAAAGGUGUUUUUUUUUUUUUUUAAUUGGAUUAGAAUAAGAGUUUUGACAGCCUGUGUUUGGAGUAGUACCAUCUUAGAAAAAUCCAAGAUUUGCAUUAUAAUACGGUGGCCACUGGUUUUUUGUGGAUGAUGAUUGUGGGUGUGUAGCUUCGGUGGUGGCCAUAAUGUCCUGUACAAACCCAGCAACACAUUUGCUUUAGAAAGCGUUCCAAAACAUGGAUACAUUAGUUGAAUAGGAAGAAAAAGGUCAUUGGGAGCUGAACAUAAGAGUCAAUGAUUGAUAUUCGUUGUUGGGAUCGAUUGAAGUUGUGAUAUAUUGUUCUAAUCGACCUCUGUUGGAGGUGGGUUUUGGAAGAGGAGGGGGACAAAGAGUGGAAAAUGGUGGCCAUUGGUGAGGAGGAGCCAAUGCAGGAGCCAGGCCACGGGGAGAGGAUACUCGUUUCUGUUCGGCUGCGUCCUUUGAACGAGAAGGAGACUGCCAGGAAUGAUGUGUCGGAUUGGGAAUGUAUUAAUGACAACACUAUCAUAUACAGGAACAACCUUUCCAUUUCUGAGCGCUCCAUGUACCCAACUGCCUACACAUUCGACAGAGUAUUUAGUACGGAUUGCUCCACAAGGCGGGUGUAUGAAGAAGGAGCCAAGAAAGUUGCUCUUUCAGUUGCCAGUGGUAUAAACUCAAGUAUUUUUGCAUAUGGACAAACAAGCAGUGGAAAGACAUACACCAUGAGUGGAAUUACUGAGUACGCUGUUGCAGAUUUAUAUGACUAUAUAGAUAAGCACGAGGAGAGAGAAUUUGUUUUAAAAUUCUCUGCUUUGGAGAUCUACAACGAAUCUGUUAGGGACCUUCUUAGUGCAGAUACCACUCCCCUUAGGCUUCUGGAUGAUCCUGAGAGAGGUACAAUUGUUGAAAAACUUACAGAGGAAACUCUAAGGGACUGGAAUCAUUUCAGAGAACUUCUAUCUGUCUGCGAAGCUCAAAGACAGAUAGGAGAAACAUCUUUAAAUGAAGCAAGCUCCAGGUCUCAUCAGAUUCUCAGAUUGGUAAUAGAAAGUUCAGCACGUGAGUUUCUUGGCUAUGACAAGUCAAGCUCCCUUACUGCUAUGGUGAACUUUGUUGAUCUUGCUGGAAGUGAGCGUGCAUCCCAGACAUUAUCAGCUGGCACAAGGUUGAAAGAGGGUUGCCACAUAAAUCGCAGUUUACUAACUCUGGGCACUGUUAUCCGUAAGCUGAGCAAGGGAAGAAAUGGGCAUAUUCCUUACAGAGAUUCAAAGCUAACCCGAAUACUACAGUCCUCCUUAGGAGGAAAUGCUAGAACUGCCAUCAUCUGUACUUUGAGUCCUGCACAUAGCCAUGUUGAGCAAUCAAGAAACACCCUUUUGUUUGCAAGUUGUGCUAAAGAAGUGACAACAAAUGCACAGGUUAAUGUAGUCAUGUCAGAUAAAACAUUGGUGAAGCAUUUGCAAAAGCAAUUGGCUAAAUUAGAGAAUGAGUUGAAAUCUUCGGGAUCAAAAAUUGUUCCAGCUGAUUCUUAUACUCUACUGAGAGAAAAAGACCUUCAAAUUGAAAAGCUUAAGAAAGAGGUGUCAGAGCUGACUCUGCAACGAGACCUUGCUCAAUCUCAGGUUAAGGAUCUGGUACGAGUGCUUGAAGAUGAUAAACCAUCACCAGCAGAUUUGGAUCGUUAUUACCCCAAAUUGCGAGUGCGAAAUUCAUGGGAGAACAUUGAAAUUCAACCAUCAGCAAUACCUGUUCUGGCUGGUUCUCACCACCGCCGAGGCAGCGUUAGAUCUUUUUCCACAUCUCAGUAUUCAGAUGUAGACAGUAGGACUAGUUCUGAUGAUACUUUACUCCAACUUCCGGACUUUGAUGACAAUUUCCUGAUCCCACACACGUUCUCCUCCAGCCAGUUGCCAGUUAGAUUUCCUAAUUCCAUUGAUGCCAAUCUGCAUCAGGAGGAGAACAAAGAACAGUCUGAUGUAAAUUCAGAAGAUGUUUGCAAAGAAGUUCGGUGCAUUGAAAUGGAAGAGUCAAGCACAAACAGAUAUGUAGCAUCAAAUAUAUCAGAUUCAAGCAGAAGCAGAUACCAAAACUCAAAUCUGUCAUCUCCUGCAGCAAACACACCUACCUCAGGAUUGACAGUGGUUGAGAAUGGAGAUGGCACCAAUAAAGAAUUGCAGUCGCCCCUAUUGAACCAUAAAGGUUUUGUCAUUCAAUCUCCUGAAAAGACAUCUCAAUGGCUCCGAGAGAAACAGAUGUCUACCCCCUUGAUCUACAAGUUAAGGCGGAGUAGAAGUUGUAAAGCAAGUCUUGUGACUACGUUCUCUUCAUGUUGGCUUGAGAUGGUAGAGAAGAAUGAGAACACGCCUUUGAUUGAGUUUGAGAAAAGUUAUAAUGAGAGCACACCUCCAACCGAGUUUGAGAAAAAUUUUGUAGGAAGGCCCAAGGGUCUGCAAAAGAAACUUCCUUCAUUCAAGUAUGAUGAUUCUCAGUUUUCUGCAAGAACUGCAGCAGCUUCUGAUGAGUGUAAACUACAGAAUACCGAAUCCGGAACUAAUGACGAGAGUAUUGAAACAAGUUCUUUAGUUGAAGAAACAAAUGAAGUGACUACAACUAAUGAAAAGGCUACUGAAAGCAGUUCUCUAGUUGAAGGAACAAAGGAAAUGGUGGACACCCAGUGCAUUACUCAACUUGCUGAUUCUAUGGUACCGGAGACAGAUACAAAGCCUAUACCAGAGACAGGUUUAAGGCCCAAUCCAUCUACAAGGGAUGUGAAAGAUGUUGGCUUGGACCCAAUGCCUAUGGAUGAGGAAAGCGAUUCAAUGUGGCCAUCAGAAUUCAAGAGGCUGCAAAGAGAGAUUGUUGAACUUUGGCAUGCUUGCAAUGUGUCAUUGGUUCACAGGACUUACUUCUUCCUGCUAUUUAAAGGUGAUCCAAGUGAUUCUAUAUACAUGGAGGUUGAGCUCAGGAGAUUGUCCUUCCUCAAAGGCACAUUUCUUAAGGGAGAUCAAGCUUUGGAAGAUGGUCUAACACCCGCUUCAAGCCUGAGGGCUUUAUGCAGUGAGAGACACAUGCUGAGCAAGCAAAUGAGCAAGAGGCUCUCCAAAGAUGAAAGAGAUAACCUCUACCUGAAGUGGGGUAUUGGGCUAAACUCAAAGAAUAGGAGGUUGCAAUUGGCGAACCGCCUGUGGAGUGACACAAACAACAUGGAUCACAUCGCAGAUAGUGCCAAUGUUGUUGCGAAGCUGGUUGGUUCAGUAGAGCCAGAGCAGGCUUUCAAGGAGAUGUUUGGACUCAGAUUUACACCUCGAGACACAAUUACGAGGCGGAGAUCUUACCGAUGGACAGAAAGUUUGAAGCAUCUUGUUUAAGAUUGUUCUGGGAUUAACAUUGUAGUAGUUUUGAGUGUGUCUGAUAUCAUUCAUGUAUAUGGUUAUGGUUCCUUUGCAAAUGUUCCGUUUGCGUUUGUUUGUUCUAAUUGUAAUCGACUGUAAGAAAGGUUGUAAACUAGAGCUAGAUGUAAUGUUUGAUGCUUCCCUAGUAUAUUGUAAAGUAAUUCCAUGAGUGUUAUAUACGGCUUUUUACCCAGCCAAUGUAGAUUAUGAACUUUUUUUC